AUGGGAGACGAGGAAGCGCGCGGCAAAAAGAAGAAGAUCGCGCUGCUGCUGCCGCUGGCGCUCUUCUUCAAGAUAAAGGCCCUGCUCAUCCCCAUCCUGCUGGGCGUGCUCAUCAUCAAGAAGUUGCUGGUGGUGGCGGCGGUGCUGCUGCCGUCCCUGCUGGGGCUGGUGAAGGUGUGCAAGCCGGCGCACCACCACGGCCAGGCGUACACGCUGCACUCCACCGACUGGUCGUCCGCCGCGGGCUCCGAGUACGGCCCACCGGCCUACGGCUACCCGGGCCACGACGGCUCGCGGCGCCACGCCCACGUCGCCGCCUACAGGGCGUACGCGCCCACGCCCGGCGCCUAG